ACACCAAGCUCACCUAGAAACUUGAACCCCACAGCUCCUGCCUUCUGCCAGAAUCAUAUAGUAAGUAUUUCUAGGCUGCUAAGCAACGGAGACAUGUCGGUGGGUGGAGCCAGCUAUCUACUGCCUGCCGGUGGAAGUGUCGCCAGCGCUCACUCACAGCUGGUCCACCAGCUGCAGAACCCCCUAUCUCUGGCCCUCAAUGUGCUGCCGCAUGCCAUGUUGGUGUCCAGCCCCAACAGCCACCAGCCUGCGGCCGCCUCUGUCAACUCUCAGCAUCAGGCGGCUGCCUACGCUCUCUCUGGGCUGGACAUGGGUGAUUAUCCAGAAGAAUUGCUGGCACCAAUCAGGAAACAGAUGCAGUUCUACUUCUCUAAUGAGAACCUGCCUGGAGACAAGUUUCUCAACCAACACAUGGACUUGGACAAGUACAUCCCCCUGGAGCUGUUUCUGGACUUUGGUCGCAUUAAGCCUAUCUGUAACAGUAUAGAGUUGCUGACUAAAGCUGUGGAGACCAUCUCUGUGCUGGAGCUCUCUGAGGAUCGCAAGAAGGUGAGGGUGUCUCAGUGCCGUAAAACCCUGACCCUGAGAGGAUUCCCCCAGUCAACCACAGAGGAUGAUGUUCGGCAGUUUACCCUUGAGAUGGGAGCCGAUUCACCAACCCACAUUGAGUUUGUCAUGUUCAAGGAUAAUUAUUCUGUGUGGUACGUCAGCUUUAGGGAUGAAUCAGCUGCCCUCAACAGCUUCUUUCUGUUUCAUAACCAGAAGGCCGUCUACAAGGGGCACACGAUUGGGUGCUGCAUCAAAUCGUCAGGGACACUGGCUGCCGCUGGCUACUUUCCCUCCAUGGAAGACUCUAGUCAACGCAGGCUAGCAUACCAGAACCAGGUGGCUGCCGUGGGCACAGCCUCAGUUCAUGCAGUGCAGAACACAAUCGCCCAGCCACAAGCUCAGCAGCCACAGCCUCUGAUACAGCCGUUUAACGCUAUGCAGCUGCAUUCAUACCUGUCUGGAUCACCUACAAAUAUUUAUUAUCAACAGACACCACAAGCAUCCUUUCUGCCUUACAUGGCAGGGAUGAUACACAGUUGGCCAGGUCCGGCAGCAGCCAUGGAGCCGGGAUUGAUUAUGCAAAACAAUGGACUCCAGCCACAGCAUAUACGAACGUCAAUGCCACGGGCACACUUGGUGUCUACAGGAAGCACCCAACAGCACCGGUUCAACAGACCACAGCGAACCAGACAGAAUAACCCAGACCGCACCAGUGAUCGACCUUCGGCUAUGUCUCUGCCAGGACCGCCCCCAGCUAGCCCUCAUGCUGGUGAUAACAGUGUGGCACCUUCUCAGGAAGCAUACAUGCCACGGCGGGCUCUUGUCCAGGAGGAUGUCAGCCCAGCAAUGAUCCCACACACCCAGGUUUCCGGCCACAAGUUUGUUGCACCGGUAGCCACUCAGCACCAACCACACACUGUGGCAUCGGCUGCAUCAACUUCCCUGGUAAACCCAUCAGGACUCGAACCCCUGCCUGUUUCACACUACCAGCCUGCCCAACAUCAUCAGCACCAGCAUCCAGCCAUGGUCCAGGCAGCUGUGCCUGCCACCAGCUCGGCUCCCCCACCACCUAGCCCGCACAUAACCAGCAACCCCCCGCCCAAUACACACCUCCUGCACCACCAACAUAUUCAGCCACCACUAAUGCCCCAGCAGCAUCACCACCACCACCAGCAACAACCACCACCUCAACCAGUUCAUCACCACCACCACCAGCAACAACAGCAUUACCAGCAACAGACAAACCAUUCUGUGCAGCACAACAACCAGCUGCCACAACAACCUCAACAUCACCAGGCUUCGCAGCCAAGCCACCACAACCAGCCACAACAACCUCAACAUCACCAGGCUUCGCAGCCAAGCCACCACAACCAGCCACAACAACUGUACCAACAGCAUAUGACCCAUCAGCAACAUCACCACUACCACAACUCCCAACAACAUCACCACCAGUACUUGCCCCCGCAGUCACACCAGCAGUCACCACCUGGAAAUCGGACUGACAAGAGAAUUCGAAGGAAAAGAGAGGACAGUGUGCGCACUCAGCGGUCAGAGCGCAGCCAGUCUAACCGAACUCAUUUUAGCUCCCAGAAUCUGACAGCUGUGGAUCAUUUUACUAUGGAGGCCAACUCCUUCCCACCGCUGCCAGGAAGUCUGAACAGCAUGUCUAACUCUGAAGUCUCACAUGAGAGCAGAAUGGCUGAUGUUGUGCGAGGAAUUUCACGCGGGACUGGACUCGGCAACCUAAGUGUUCAGAGAGCUUCCUCUUCAACCCCUAGCCCUGUGGCCACGCCCCCAACACCUCUGAGUUUAGGUUCGUCACUGGUGGAUGCUCACUGCCUAGAUGAUGAUGAUGUCACCUCUUCAUCACAGGAUGAUGUGGAGAUAGACGCAGGCCUGUUUGACACGAAAAUUAUCCAGUCAGAACUGCAUUCAUUGUCUUCCAUGGCUGAACCGCUAGUGCUUCCAUCACAGUCAAGGUCA